CAUAGCAGUCCCCAAUUGCAGCGCAAACAUGCAAGAGUCGCAGAAUAGGGACUGACAUAACAAAGGGAUUGGGUGCAAAAUGCUAGGUGGGUGCUAGGUGCUUCUUUGUGGGAAGGAAAAAUGCUUCUUAUUACCUUGCUACCUUUUUUAAGUGUUGCAUAGUAAAACAAAUAUAGUGUUCAAAAAGUCGUGGAUGAAGGGCAGCACCGGUAAUUAAUUCAUAAAAAUAAAUUAAAGAACACCUGGUUGAAAAUUGUACUUAAAAGUAACUAACUUUUAUUGAGUAUUUUUUUUAAAUCAAAUACAUUUUGACUUGCACUUGACAUGACUUAAAAUUCCAGCCAAGUAAGUGUACUUUUUUUUUAUUAUUAUUAUUUUUUAAAUCUUUUAGUACUUUGGCUGUCAUGGCAUUGAUUCUUUUCAAUUCCACCUUCAUAUUGUAAAAAUAAUCAAAUAUUCCUGAACUGUUCUAAAAUGGACAUUAGUAUUAAUGAUAAAUAAAUGGCUAAUUUUUCACAGUCAAAACUGUCCAGUAUAAAAAAAAAACAGUUGAAAUUUGUACUAGUUUAUACCUGGGGUACCCGUUACGUCAUAAACGUCACUGUGUAGAUGUCAUAUGACAUCAGUCAGCUGACAUUUAGCUUCCCUCCUGAGAUGCUGUCCUCCUCCACGCAAUGCUGAACAAUGCAAUGCCCCAAACUACACACAGAGAUGCAACUUUCAUCUUACGAUUAUAAACUAGUGGCUGCCUGGAGUUUCUUUUUGGUCUGUGCUCCCCAUCGCACCAUGGAGCGCCUGCUGAGCAGGGCCGUUAAAAGGGCCCUUGAGUCAGUACAGACGUCAUCAAGCCACAGAUGACACUAGUUGCCUUUACCACCGUAUGACUGACUGGUUCAGUAUACAAUACAACUAUACAAUACAGUUGCCCUCACUCAAAGAAGCCAUGCAUCCUCUAUUCUGCAUCACCUUUUUUUGGCUCCUACCGCUGGCCUUGGUGCUGGAUGAUGACUCACCACUGGACUGUGUCCCACGCAGAUCUGUGCCCUAUCACAGUGAUAACGCUCACCUCUUUCACGAGGACGGGAUGUCGAACUAUACCACCAUGCUGCUGCGAGAGGACCUAGGCCUGCUGCUGCUGGGUGCCAAGGAGGCGGUGUACGCACUUGAUCUCAACGACAUCACCAAGAAACGAGCUUCUGUCAAAUGGGAGGUGACACAACAGCAAGAGGAUGACUGUCACAACAAAGGAAAAGAGCCCGAGACGCAGUGCAAGAACUACAUCAGGAUUUUACACAAGCUGGAUGAUAACAGGAUGUACGUGUGUGGAACCAACGCGUUUAAUCCAGAGUGUGAUUACAUGUCCUAUGCUAAUGGGAAGCUGACUCUGGAGAAGAAGGGUGAGGAUGGGAAAGGGAAGUGUCCGUUUGAUCCUGUCCAAAGAUACGCCUCCAUCAUGGUUGAUGAUAACUUAUACUCGGCCACUUCAAUGAACUUUCUGGGUUCUGAACGCGCUCUGAUGCGAAGCUCUCCUUCCUCCAUUCGCACUGAGUUCAAAAGAUCCUGGCUAAAUGAGCCCAACUUUGUUUCCAUGGCUCAGAUGCCAGAGAGCGACCAAAGCGACAUAGGAGAUGAUGACAAGGUCUACCUGUUCUUCAGUGAGGCGGCCGUUGAGUGUGACUGCUACAAUAAACUGGUGGUUUCCCGCGUAGCCCGUGUCUGCAAGGGAGAUCUUGGAGGUGAGAGGACCUUGCAGAAAAAGUGGACAUCCUUCCUGAAAGCCAGACUGGAAUGUCCUGUCCUGGGCUCGCAGCUGCCGUACAUUAUACAGGACACGUACCGCUGGUGUGACCCUCAUCAGCACUGGAAGAAUUGUUUAUUCUACGCCAUCUUCACACCACAGUCUGACACAUCCAACCUGUCUGCUGUGUGCGCUUACCGCGUGUCUGAUAUCAGCCAAGUGUUUGCCGAGGGCAAGUUUAAGAUGCCGGUUACUGUGGAGACGUCAUAUGUGAAGUGGGUAAUGUACAGUGGAGAGGUCCCUGUUCCUCGACCCGGUGCUUGUAUAGACAAUGUGGCUCGCGAAGCAGGCAUCACUCAGUCUCUGGACCUCCCAGACCGAACCCUUCAGUUUGUCAAAGAUAGGCCCCUCAUGGACGAAGUCAUCCAGCCCGUAGGGAAUAAACCGCUGCUGGUGCGAAGGGGAGCCACCUUUACGUGCAUUGUUGUCAAUCACGUGCAGGCUGCAGAUGGCCAGAUGUACCAUGUGAUGUUCAUUGGCACAAAGGAUGGGAGCCUCCUGAAAGCAGUAAAUUAUGACGGAGAGAUGUUUAUCAUCGAGGAAGUUCAACUUUUCCAGUCCCUCCAAUCCAUUAAGAUUCUAAGGUUUUCCAAUGUCACGGAUCAGCUUUAUGCAGGUUCAGACUCCGGUGCAGUACAGGUCCCUGUAGCCACCUGUGGGAGAUCCUUGUCCUGUAUGGACUGCGUUCUAGCCCGAGACCCGUACUGCGGAUGGGACAAGGUCACCGGGACAUGCCUCGCCUUUUCCAGCUCACAAAGAGAACUAAUCCAGAGUGUGAGGGAUGGAGACGCCUCGCUCUGCCCAAAAGCUGCCCCCGUGCCAAUUGUGAAUCAGUCAAUCUUGCCCGGCGGGAACGUGAAGCUUCUCUGUCCUUCACCGUCCAACCUGGCAACAACCAGCUGGGAACGAGACGGCCGACAUCUGACUUCUUCACUUCGUCAUCAGCUCCUACAAGACGGACUCCUCAUCCUCAACGCCUCAGACUCUGACAUGGGCCGCUACCGCUGCCUGUCCGUGGAGCACUCCAAAGUGGACGAGUACACCACCGGCGUCGCUGAUUAUCAGCUCAGUGUGAAAGGUGCUCCUAAAUCAAUUCCUCAGAGUCAGCGAGGGGGACCCUCUGUGGUGGGACUGCAGGCUGCCGUCGGGCUUCUGAUUGUUUCUCUCCUGGCACUUUUGGCGUGGAAUUUUUACAACGGCCAUCUACCUCUGCCAUGGAACUGCAGCAACAAGUUCAAAGGACAAUCCAAUGGGUCACAUAGCCAAGGAGGACACACAUCCACUGGGGGCCAUCAAGAUGCACUGAGGUCCGGCCUGGCGGAGGACAAGCCACUGGUGUCUGGAAGCGGGCAGAACAGGAGCAACAAUAACCAUACCGAGGUCGGCUUCAGUUCUGGAGAGGACGAUGACGCCACCAGAGUCACUCUUCCAUCUUUGCAGUUUAUUGAUGAUGAGUCUGAAAUUUAAAUGCAUUUACAUGCAAGCUGUGGGAACAUUUUUUUUUAAAGUACAUACAAACGUGUAUGUAUGUUCAUACAUUUUUAAUGGAAGACUGUUAACUCCUCAUCAGAAACCCCAUGUGGACAUCUUGACAGUACAGAACAGUAUCUCAGAAGAGCGAGUACACCCUUCACAUUUCAGCAACUAUUUAAAAUAUAUAUUUACAAAGAACAUAACCAUAGAAAUUAAACUUGGAUGUUAGGAAUGUCCGAUAUUUGCUUUUUUUUGUUGUUGCAAAAACCAAUAUUGUCCAAUAUCAGCCGAUUAUGAUAUAUUUAACACGACAUACUGUAUCUCCUGUGGUGGAAUAAACACACGUUGUAUACAGUAUUUAAAUAUCGGUUGUCAUGAUCGGUAAAAGUGAUACCGAUAUCGCAUUUUUAUGCUGAUAUCAGGCCGAUAAUGAUCAGAUAAUCCCUAUAGGAUAUACUUCAGUCAAUGUAGCAUACAGGUGCUAUUGUCUAAAUAGCUGAGGUGUGUACUCACUUUUGUGAUAUACUGCAUACUGUAUAUAUAAAGGUAUUCUCACAUGGGUGUAUACAUUGAGGUAUCUCCAUGUUAACUGCUAAUAUUUAGUUUUUGUUUUUUUUACCUGGCUGGUCUCAUUCAACGGUUCUCGACAAGAUGUGACUUGCCAAGACUGUGAAGAAAAUAUGUGGCUGUAUUUCUCAAGUCACACACAAUCUUUCCUGUUUCGAAAUGUCUUCACUUGAUCACUCCCAAACUGAUUGCAUUUGGUAUGAAAUGUGUUCAUGACAUUCUUUGCAGUUUCAGUUAAAAAAAACUUGGACUAAAUUUACACAGUAAAAAAAAAUUGCACCAGUG